CAAGAUCCUUUUCAAAACUCGCCCCAAGCCCAUUAUCACCAACGUCCCCAAGAAAGUAUGAAAGAACCGCGGAUUUUCCCUAGAGAGCGGCCAACUCCUUGGACUCGUGCUCCGCUGCCACCUCGAGGACGGCUGGACAGUUCCCUGGGGCCACAGGGAGGUCCUGGUCUGAACACUGGCCACUCAUUGGGCAUGAACUCGGAUCCCUUUCUAAUGGCAACUGGUUCUCUUGGAAAUAUGGCCCCCUUUCCAAGGAAUCCAUCAUCUUUUCCAACUUCAUCAGGUUCAAAUCCAGCACCGUUCCCUGCUGGUGCUGGUGCUCGUGAUCCAGGCAUGGCUUCUUUUCCAAGAGGGAUGAAUUCUACUGGCACAGGUGCAGUUUCUUUCCCAAGGCCAGGUGGCCUCUUGGGCCCAGGCCCAGGCCCAGGCCCGGCUCUAAACCCUAGAGCAGGAUCUCUUCCAGGCCCAGGGCCUAUGUCUAACCCUAGAUUAGGGGGUCUUCCAGGACCAGGUCCUAUGACCAACCCAAGGUCAGGUGGUCUUCUGGGAACAGGUCCUGACCCCAGGAGUGGUGGUCCCAUGGGCCCUGGAUCUGGACCCAACAUGCGAGGAGGAGGUGUUCUGUUGACUUCUGGGAAUGGUCCUCCUAAUCCUAGGCCCGUUGGUCUAGGCCCUGGACCAAGUCCCAGUAUGAGAUCAGGCUUUGUAGGUACAAACCCUGCACCGAGGUCAGGUAUGUUUCCAGGCCAAGGCCUUGGACCCAAUCCAAGAGCAAAUGCCAUGGGCCCAGGCCUUGGGCCCAACCCUAGGGCAGGUGGUUUGGGUCCAGGCCCUAAUUUGGACACCAGAGCUGGUGGUCUCUUGGGCACAGGAUCUGGUCUCAACUUAAGAAUGGCUGGACCGCAAGGCUUAGAUCUUGCCCCCAUAUUAAGAGCAGCAGGUCUUUUAGGAGCAAAUUCAGCUUCUUUUUCACAGACUUCUGGAAAUAUGGGCACAAGCCCAUCCCCCAUGGCAAGAGUACCUGGUCCUAUUGGCCCAAAUUCGGGUCCUGGUUCUCGGGGAAUUGGCCUUCCAGGGCCAAAUCCAUCUCCCAUGUCAAGAGCUCCUGGCCCCAUGGGCCCUAAUUCAGCUCAUUUCUCAAGGCCAGCUGGCCCAAUGGGAGUAAAUGCUAAUCCCUUUCCAAGGGGGACAGGUCCGGUGGGGCUGAAUCCAUCUCCCUUCUCCCAGUCUUCUGGCUCAUUGGCUUCAAACCCAGCUACCUUUCAAAGGUCUACUGGCCUCCAGGGCUCAAGUUCAGCAAUGUUCCCAAGAACCACUGGGCCAAUAGGUCCCAACCCAUCCAAUUUCCCAAGGGCCACUGGUUUACAAGGCCCAAGUCCAGCUACCUUCCCCAGGUCUACUGGCCCAUUAGGCCCUGGACAAGUUACUUUCCCCAGGUCAGCUCCUGGGCCUCUGGGCUCUUCCCCAGCAGGCCCUGUGGGUAUGAACCCAGCUCCUUUUGCAAGGCCAACUGGGACCAUGGGUCUAAACCCAGCUUCCUUUCCAAGGAUGAAUGGCCCAGUAAGCAAAACUUUGGUUCCAUUUCCUAGAGUGGGGAGCCUCCCUGGCACAAACCCAGCUGCUUUCCCCAGACCAGGGGGUCCAAUGGCUGCAAUGUACCCAAAUGGAAUGUUGCCCCCUUAAACACCAUUUUCUCUCCAG